UCAAUCGUCGAUUGUGCUCAACGGUCGAUCGAUCGACCGUAAUCACCCGUCCCUUAACCAUACCGUUUGUAAUCAUUCGUAUUGUGAAAUUCGCACACUGAAGACACGGUGACCCGCAAGAAUACACUCCUCAGGAUUACCGCAAAUCACUUUUUAACAGCAGGAAAAAUGCGUUUACUCACAUUCGUAGCCUUAGUGGCCAGUGCCGCGGCGUCGCAAGACUUCCUGUCCACCUCCUUGAACCACUGCAUCAACGCGGAAUCAUGGAGUUCUUGUUUCAAAACCGAGGUCCUAGGAUACAUGGACGAAAAAUUGGGCACCACGACUGAGGCCAGAUCCUUAGACACCGUUGACGAAGCUGUGGUGGCAAGGACCUUUAAGUACCUCAAGAGCUUCGACUACGGAAUCGAUAUUCCCUUUGCCGAUGCCAGUCUCAAGUACCGACCUAGCAGGAGCCUCGCUGACCUUGACAUCGAAUUCAAGGACAAUGCCGUAGCUACAAGCCAAGCCCGUGGUCUCCUCAAGAAGAAACUUCUUUUCCCAUUCCUCCUGCUUCUCAAAUUGAAACUGAAGGCUUUGAUGCCAAUCUUCGUCGCCAUCAUCGGUCUCAAGGCUCUCAAGGCUCUGGUACUAUCGAAAUUGGCCAUCUUGAUGGUCGUCGGGUUCAUUGCCGUACAAUUCCUCAAGAAGGGAGGCAUGGCUAUGCCGAUGGGUAUGUCAAUGGAUCCAGCUUCGGUCUUGUACGGAGCACCCGCUACCCCAUCAACGACCUCAAGUUACGACCCCGCGAACACGUGGGACGGAAACGGGCCCUAUUCCCGAGUGUGGACCCCAACCAGUGGAGUAGAAGCACAGAACCUGGCGUACAACUACUACUCCGGAAGUGGUUCAUCAGGUGCACAAUCGUCCUACGGAUCGCCGUCAAGCUCCUCUAGCUCGUCGUCGAGCUCGACUAACUAUUAAGGAACUGUUAGCAAAUCGGCGCUUGUUUGGAACCGGUGAACGGUGUGUUUGAAAUUGAUUAUUAUCAACGAACGAUGCCUUCGAUUAUACAAUUAUUGCUCAAACAAUAUGAUAGCCGCUGAGAAAUGCGGAUAUCGCCAAAGAUACCGGUAACACAUUGCAGAGGGUUCAGGUCCAUUGGUUUUGUAACAAAAAAAAAAAAAAAAUACCAAAAAUAUUUACUAUUAGAGACACGCUAGACGCGAUCCCGAUUUUUCGUCGAACCAAAGAAUAUCAAGUCAAAACUAUCCGAUAUGUUGGAUUUUUCGUAUUACAUGUUUCUAUCAACUACGAUAAGUAUAGAUGCCGAUCCCUUAUCGACCAAGGCGCUGAGAGGCCUAUUCGUGUUGCAGAUAGAUCGGUAUCAGAUCGCUCACUGUUAUACCGACGGCUGCCGGUAACCUGUAGAAAGGCGCAAAGCGAGAUACUUGACCAUCGAUAAGAAAGAGCACACCUUUCAGAGUUAUAAUAUCCGAUGAGUUAGGGUACCGACGGAGAUUCGUGGGACACAAUCGGCAUCUGUAUCCUGCGGUCAAUGAAAUAACUGGUUCAUAAUGAAGAGUCGUAUAAAAAAAAAAAUUUUU